AGAAGAUUUAUAUUUAGGGUUGUUGAUCAGUCCUCGAACAGGAAACACUCCGGAAUGUUCAAAGUCACAACGUCUCAACAAUUAUUCCACAGGAUGAUCAUCGACUGAUCGAACAACGAUACUGAGUUUUCGAUUUAUGGCGGGAUUUUGUUUUGGAUCAAUUGCAGCACGAUCAAAACCCCAAACUUGUGGAAAGUUUUGAAAAACAGAAGGUGGAUUUGACCAAAUCAAGAGGCAAGUUCAUGUAACCAACUGCAGAGACAACUCGCCGAGAAAUUAAGAGUAGGAGCUUUGGAAAGUCAACUGAAAAGACUGGGAGAAGAACCAAACUUGAGUGGCAUUCUAAUCAGGAAAACAACUUAAAGGAAAUAGAAGAAAACCUUCAAAAGGAGAAAGCACAGCACUGGGAAAUUGAAAAAGAAUUGCUUGAACUGAAAGCUAAUUCUGUAAAGGUUAACAAUGAGAUAAAGUACUGUUAUUUCAUUGUGUUCAGCAAUGUUGUAGAGGUAAAGACAUUUCAGGUUGGGGUAUCCAGCCAUUAUCUCAGUUAAUGCUUAACCUUAAAGAUCUGGAGUUACCCGUUUGUUAUCAAAAAACAAGAGUUAAAAACUAAAGUCAUUGAGCCAGCUUCUGCAACUCAAAAGCAAAGACUAAGCAAAGAACUUGGAACUGAAGGAGAAGUUAUAAGAAUUAAGUGAGAUGUCGAAGUGCCUCCAUAAAAAAGGAAGAGGACAUUAAAGAGAUGAAUAUAAAACUGUCAGAGAUCUCAACAGUUAAGUCUCAGCUGGUUGAGGCAAACACUAACAUAGAUGCCCUGGGGCAAGAAAACAAAAUUCUGGGGGGUAGACUGGCUGAUGUAGCUACGCAGUGUGAACUGGUGGAAAGCAAUAAGGACGCUCCAAAUGAAACAGAAAGAGAGCUGGCAGUUCUCCGGGCAGAAAGACAGGAUAGAGACCGGUGGCUUGAAGAUGAGAGACAAAAGAUUGUGGAGGCAGCCAGAGAGUUCGCCUUACAACAAGAACAGACGUUUAACAACAUGGUCACGAAUCUAGAACAUAAAUUAACCUGUAAAGACAAAGAACUACAAGAAAUGGAAUCCCUACUGCAUCAGUUGCAACAUGAUCUUAAAAAUAUACAAAAAGAAAAGAAUGCACUCCUCGAGGCAGCAGAUGAAAGGGACAGAGAAUUUGAAGAAGAAAAGAAGCUGUGGAAUUUAGGGAGUCAUAGCUACGGGAAAAUUCAACAGUACCUCUCCGAUUUAAACGAAGAGCGCCAAAUUGUAAGUCAAUUAAAGGAGACAUGCAGCGGGCUUGAAUUAAGGAUGAAAGAACUUGAAGAUGUGAACUCCUCACUGCAGAAGGAUUUAGUAAGGAUUCAAGAGGAAAAGAAACUGGAGAGGGAAGACAGAGAAGAAGAUUUAUUGAAUAAAGUUGAUUUUCUGCGUUCUGAAUCAACUAAACUUGAGGAAACACUGCAAACAAAGGAAUCUCUAGUUUUAGGCCUGAUCGAAGAGAGAACUAAGUUAGCAAUGACAGUGGCCGCUUUAGAGGAGAAGCUCAGUAAAUCGGCUCAGGUUGUGACAGGGCUGCAGCAACAAUGUGACUGUAUGAAGGAUCAGGUAGAAAACCUGAGAGAAGAAAGGGGUCGUCUUGAACAAGAGAAAGAGGCUUCUGUGAGGCAGGAAAAAAUUUAUUUAGAAAUAUCCGUGAAAAAAGUCCGCGAACUUGAGGAAAGGCUACGAAAAGAAGUGAAAGAAAAGAAAGAAUUGUCAAAUACUGUCACGGAAAUAACAAGAAUUCUUGAAAAAGAGCAGAACUGUCUGGAGAAGAAGAACAAAGAGUUAUCUGAAAUGAAGAAAUUUAUGCAGCUUGCUGAUAAAGAGAAUGAAAAAUCCAUCAAAGACAAGAAUACGAAAUUAGACGAACUGACGUUUGCGUACGAAGUUCUUAGAAACAAACUCGAUAAGAUGGAAAAGAAUUUCGAGGAUAAGUGUAAAGAGCUAAAGCAAGUUAAAGACCAGUUUAACCAAACAGAAAAGGGAGUCAAAGAAUGGAAAACCUUUGCAAACCAGAGAAGAACUUUCGCCACCGACCUGAAACUCGUACACGAGCUAGAAAAACUCAGCCGGGACAAGAACACUGCAUCACCUUGUACAGACACUGCUGGUACUGGAAAAAGUUCACAUGGAUCAAGUUCCUCCAAGCCUUCAAUAGUGAAUUUCGUAAAGGGAGAUUUUCCUCUUUCGCCAAUUGCUAAAUCCUUGUCCAACAUGAUUAUCAAGUCUCCUACAACCGUCACGUCACGUGAAGCUGCCACACAAGAAAUGUCCUCAACAACAACAAGAAGAACACAACCUCAGACCUUAUCCUCGAAUGAAAGUCUGGCACUUGAAGAAAUAGCUACGGAUGUGCAUGUUGAAGCUAACAGAAGAGGAAUUUCCAAACCAAAUGGUACUGUCGAUACUAAGAAAAGGGCAAGCCAGCAAGCGACCGAUACAAGAACCGCCAAAAGACGACAUGUGUCCAGCGGCAGUGGGGCAGACCGCCAUACUACCACCAUGGGGUUGAAAACCCGCAGUGCAGUCAAGAAAGCUGUUCAGCCUUCAUUCGCAAAAGACGGAACGGAAAAUCCUGAGUCCACUCGUAUGCCCUCAAUGAGACAGUUUAGCCCUCCGGAGCUGCCCCUGUCGCCACGGAAGACAAAGUCUUUAAGUAUACCGCAGGAUCCAAUGUCAAAGAUCCCCAGACCUGGGAGGAGUCGCUUGCUAAGACAGAACAAUCAAAAGAUGCCUAGUGCCUCGGCAGAAAAGGUGAGGAGUCUGAGACAGCCGGCUUUGGGAGAAGCGGCAUUUAAACCGACAGGCGAUCAGACAGAAUGCAAGAUGCAGUAGUCGUAACGGCCUCAUAAACGAUUGCCUCGCUUUCGUUUGAUUCCUUAUUCUGUCGAACACCAUGCUCUGUGCUAGUUUGGUAAUUUUUCUUAAUAUACCGAUUUGAGAAACUUACGCAACACUUUUGCAUCCUUUACAGAAUAAUUGGAGAAAGGUUAGUAGGUGAAGUAAUUAAUAUGUAUUAAUAUUAAUAUGUAUUAAUAUUAAUAUGUAUGAUCUAAGUGACGCUCGGCUGUGAUGGCGCUAUUUACUUAAACAAAGAACUGAAAUAUACCUUUUUAAGAGUAAAAGCACAGUUCUUCUCUGCAAGGACAAAUGUCUAUUUUUAUUUUCCUGGGGUAAACUGCUAAAGGAGUUUACGUGAGUGACGUUUUAGACUUUUUCAUUUUGAAAAGAAAAUCGUCGUAACAAAGGACUCAGGCAUACUAACAAUGAAAAAGCACUAAAGAAGAUAUUUUGAUUCUUUAACUUGAUGUUUAUUUUCAUUCAGUUUGAAAUCUAAAUUCUGCAAAUUUGCUUUGUUUUGUCUUUGAUUUUGUUAUUUGUGGGGAGCGAGAAGAGAAGUACUCUCAGUCAAUCAUUGCUAGUCACUUAGAAUUAAACUUUCUUUGUAAAUUGAAAACAAGAAACUGGGAAAUCCAUUCGACAAGAGAAUUCGACUAUAGGUAACAAAUUUUAUUAAGACUGUAAAGCGAGAUAACAACAAACCACACGUUACUACAGCAAAUAAACUACAACUUUUGUAGGGAGAAGAAUAAACUUUUUGAAUUGGU